ACUAACCGGGACUAAAGGGCCCAGGUGAACCGGGACUAAUGCCUUAGCUGCACGAACCGGGACGAAUGCUCACAUUAGUCCCGGUUCGUGACUGAACCGGGACUAAUGUGAAUACUGCCCUGUGACCAAAGCCCUAUUUUCUACUAGUGUGUCUGGGCCUGAGCCCGGUGCGGGGGUGGAAGUGCAAACGGCCCCGCCCCUUUAUAAGUGGUUGUGGCUGCCAGCGGGUGCCCUAGAUCUCUCGCUAGGGUUUCCCGCAUCCCCCUCGCAAGUGCGGCGAUUCGGGCACCGUUCUCGCCGCCUGCGCCGCUCCGCCCCCCUUCCCCUCUCUCCUGCUCGUUCGCGACUGCGGUCCGGAUGGGAUCCCGCCGGGUGGAGAAGCCCCCCAUGUCGCCUCCGGUGCCGGCGGUUGAGCGUCAGUGGGAGCAAGAUCUGCGGGUGAAGGCGCUUUCCAAGAAGCCGUGCUCCCUGAGGAGGUGGGGCCAUGGGGGCCGCCGCCUCCUUGGUGGAUCGCGGAGCAAGAAAGGAAGCAGCAGGAGGAGCGUGAGCGCAAGAGGAAGAAGAAGGAGGAGUAUCGGCAUCGGGGUUUGGAGCAGAAGAAGGAGCUCAAGAGGAAGGAGUCCCAGUUCCCUCCGAGCGGGGAGCGGACAGGGGAUCCGCUCGCCAAAAAGCAGAAGCAGAAGGGGGGAAGCUCGUCGCAGCUGGCUCUGGUGGCCGGGUCGGCGACCUCGAAGGGUUCGGCCGAUGUCCCAAUCCCCGUGGAGGAGUCUGACCGGCCGGAGUGCUUCAAGUGCGGCAGGGUGGGCCAUUACCAGAACAUGUGCCACUACAAACCCCUCUGCGUUGUGUGCCACGGGGAGGGACACGCGUCGGCUCACUGCCCCACGCGCGGGCGGCCUCUGAUGCUCCAGAUCAUGGGCAACGCCAUCCUUGGCGAGGGCUUCUUCUGCCUGCCAUUCGUGGAGACGGAGGGCGAGGAGGUGCGCACCCCUCUGGCGGCGGACGCAGCGGUCGUCUCGGCGGCGCCUGGACUGCUUUCGGUCCCCAUCUUGGAGGCGGAACUCCCCCAUCUCUUCGAGGGGGAGUGGGACUGGCAAGUGACGGCGGUCGGCGAGAACCUUUUCUCCGUCGUCUUCCCCAAGAAGGCCUUGCUGCGGAUGGCGACCCGCAGCGGCAAGCUGUUUCUAUCCCUCAACAACAUCUUGGCGGAAAUAAAGGAAUCCCUCCCGGAGGAGCCCAAGGCCGAGAUCAUGCCAGAUGUCUGGGUCAAGCUGUGGGGUGUGCCGCCCAAGCACCGCCGCGAGGAUCGUCUCUUGGCAGGGACUGUGAAGAUUGGGCGCCCCAUGGAGGUGGACAAGGCGUCGUUGGUUGGGCUCGGUCCGGUGCGGAUGCGGUUCGCUUGUCGCUCCCCGGCUAAGCUCCGUGGGUACGUCCAAUUGUGGUUCAAUAGUGAGGGCUUCACAAUUCAGAUGGAGGCCGAGGCGGACGGUCUGCAGGGUGCUGCGCCCCCUCCCCCUCCACCAGCUAGCGUGGACAAGGGCCCGGAUGGCAAGGAUCAGGAGCGGGACACGAGCAUGGGUGAUGACUCGAUCGAUACCGCGACUUGGGACAAGCUGGGGAUCAAGGACAAGGAGCCCGAGAAUGGACCUCCCGCCGGGGAGGCGGCAAAGGACCAGGAGGAGCGUCAAGGUGUUGUGGGCAGCAAUGAAACGGGCUUCGAUCAAUACGGCUCCAACAUGUCGCUCGGCCUCGACAUCGACAAGGGCGUCUCUGCUUCCUGUGUCUCGGAGGGGCGCUCGUUGCUCGUCUCCCCUGCGGCUGCGGGGGUGGGUGGGGCACGCGUGGUGGUGCGAUCUCCUCCGCCAGCGCUUGGUCAAGGUGGCGGUGGGAUUCGGUCCCACAAGAAGACGGCGGGACGCAAGGCAACCCCGGUGGCGCCGGUGAGUCCUCCAUCGGUCCGUGCGGGCACGCCUGCCUCGCUUCGGCCGGUGGUGAUAGCGCUGGCCUCCCCUGGGGGCUCGGCUGGCGGGUCUUCGAUGGCCGUCCCCCCUCUUCCUCUGACGCGAUGUGAGCGGCGGUGUCCAAGACGGUGCCCAUCUCCAAGGCCAAGCGCUCCAAGGCGGCGGUGGUGGCCCCGGUGUCGCAGGAGAGGGCCAGCUCGCGCCCAAAAGGCGCCAAGGGCAAUCUUCCUGCGAUGCAACGCGCUCAACUCCUGGUGGCUCAAAAGAACAUGGAAAUCGAAGCAAUGGGCCCCGCUGGGAAGGCAACAGGACUCUGAUCUACAUCUUCUGGCUCUAGCUCGCCUGCGUUCUGUCUACUCCACGUCGCGAGCCCCGACGCCUCCUUCCGCUGUCUCAUAGGGAUGGGUGGCCCUUUUGGAAGUGUUUCCUCCGAGCCUGCGUGCUCUUAAGUUGGUUGGACAUGCCAUGUAAUGCUCCUUUCGUUUCGUUUCGGGUAUGUCUAAGACUCCGGGAGACUAGGUCUCCUUUCGUUCGCUUGGUUGUUUGGUUGUGCACGCUGCCUGAGUUGAGGGUUUUAUUAAUUUAAAGCCGGACGUCCCUGACGUCUAUGUUCUAAAAAAAACAUACUCCUAGACAUUCAUAUGAAUGCUUGUCUGGGAGAUUUUGGCAUCGCGAGGUUCUACAUUGAUUCUAAACUGAGAACAGUCGGAGAUUCUAAUUCAGUUACUGUAAACGGAACUCUGGGAUAUAUGGCUCCAGGUAUAGUUGUUUGGCAUAUAAUUAUUUUUUCAAAGUGUGUUGCAUAUAAUUAUUUACCACUUCCAUGAUUAUUGAUUUGGUCUCUGUUUUUAGAGUAUGCUGAAAGCGGUCAUGCAUCUACUUGUGGGGACGUAUAUAGUUUUGGAAUUGUACUUUUGGAGAUGUUGACAGGAAAAAGACCAACGGAUGAUAUGUUCAGGAAUGAACUCACCAUCGUUAGAUUUGUGGAAACAAAUUUUCCUGAUCACACAUUAAAUUUUCUGGAUUCCUGUCUGCCAGAUGAAUGCAAUGAUGCCGUCAACCAAGUAGCAGCAGGACCGGAAAAUCCAACGAUCUUUCAGUCCUUGUUAUCUUUACUACGGAUAGCGCUUCUUUGUACACGCCAAUCCCCAACUGAACGGCUUAACAUGAGAGAAGUAGCUACCCAAAUGCGCAAAAUCAACAUGGUGAACACGGGAGGGAGAGUAAGGAGCUCAACUUCUUUUAAGAGAUUUGUCAGCUGGGCUUCUCAAAGGAGCUGAAGAAGAAAAAGGAGGUGCAAUUAGAGUCUGUUGAUAAAAUGACCCCUGCUAAGAGUGUAAUGUAAUACACUUUAUACCCCAGCUUGCAUUG